AACCAAUCCAAGAGAAUUUAAAGAAGUUCUAGAGAAGUCCAGUAACAAGCCAUUUAGUACUUCCAGAUUAUUCUCCUCUACCCUUUAUAUUUUUCAUCACUCACGUUUCCUCUUUGUUCUGAUUUUGAGUUUGAAACUUCAUUUAUAAAAUAUAUAUUUAUACAAAAAAUGGCUGAGUACUGCUUAUCAAGAUUUCCAACUUCACACCCUCUUUCAUUUUCAAACAUUAAUCCAAAAUAUUGCUACUACUCUGUUCCAAUUUCUAGUAGAGGUAAUUAUAACAAAUUGAAGAUCAUGGCAGUUGAUGAAAGACACAAUCUUGAUCACUUGCAAAGACAAAACAAGCCACCUCAACCUAGAAAGAGAUCACCCCAAAUGGCCCCUGUUGGGUUAUGGGAUAGGUUUCCAACAGCAAGGACAGUGCAGCAAAUGAUGGACACAAUGGAAAGAAUCGUGGAGGACCCUCUUGCUUUUAAUGGAGGUUGGGUGGCAGGUCCAUCAACGGAGGAUGUUGGGUACAGAAAGGGAAGGACACCAUGGGAGAUAAAAGAAAGUGAAGGAGAAUACAAAAUGAGGUUUGACAUGCCAGGCAUGACAAAAGAAGAUGUAAAGGUUUGGUUAGAAGAGAAAAUGUUGGUUGUGAAAGCUGAGAAAGUGGCCAACAAUAAUGGGAAAGAGGAAAAGGAAGAGGAAUGGUCAGCUAAGAGCUAUGGAAAGUAUAAUACAAGAAUUACUUUGCCUGAGAAUGUUGACUUCGAGAAUAUUAAGGCUGAAGUUAAACAUGGUGUCUUGUAUAUUACUAUACCAAAGGCUACUAGUAAUCCCAAGAUUUUUGACAUUAAUGUUCAAUGAACAAUUUUGAUGUAUUGGUUCCAAGUUCACUCUCCUCUUCCAAAAUUGAAAUUCCUCCUCUUAAUUUUAA